AUGCCGCCCAAAAAGAAGGCAUCAGCUGCCGGGCCCGUUGAGGUCUCAGCUUCAAAGCCAUCGUCUGCAGAAAAUACAGGAGAGACGGAAGCUGGUGGACAAGAUGCCGGCACAGAUAAUACCAAACGAAAGCGUACGCGAACCACAAAGUCUGCCGCAAAGAACGAACCUGAUAAACAUAAGGGGGACGAUUGCUUUUCCGCAUUACUCGAACCAUUCUACGGCGGAAAGAGCUUGACAGAUCCCAUUAAUACGGCCGAGGACAAAUGGAAUCUAUUGCCUGCGUUCUUGAAGGUCAAAGGCCUAGUCAAGCAACACAUUGACUCGUUCAACUUCUUUAUCGAGCAGGAAAUCAAGGAGAUCGUCCGAGCAAAUAGGAGGGUCACUAGCGAUGUCGAUGCAUCUUUCUUUCUCGAGUCCGUGUUCCCGUACACUGAUAUUAGAGUGGGCGAGCCUGAACGUCUGGACUAUGACGACCGCAAACCGCAGAACGAGAUCACUCCCAACGAAUGCCGUCUCCGAGACAUGACCUAUGCUGCACCAAUUCGAGUUGAUAUAAGAUACAUGCGAGGGAAGGUCAUCAUUGGGAGGAAGAAUAUUGCUAUUGGAAGAAUGCCAAUUAUGCUUCGAAGCUCAAAGUGCCGGCUAUCUGGCAAGAAUGACCGUGAAAUGGCGCAUAUGAAUGAAUGUGCCCUUGAUCCCGGAGGCUACUUUAUUGUCAAUGGUACGGAGAAGGUCAUUUUGGUCCAAGAACAGUUGAGCAAGAACAGAGUUAUCGUUGAGGCUGAUCCCAAGAAGGGCAUGGUUUCAGCAUCAGUCACCAGUUCUACACACGAGAGAAAAUCCAAGAGUUACGUUAUGCUGAAGAAGGAACGAAUAUAUCUACAACAUAACAUUCUCACGGAGGCGGUUCCCAUUGUUAUCGUGCUUAAAGCAAUGGGCAUUCAAUCAGAUCACGAGAUGCUGCUUUUGGUUGCCGGUACAGAUAGCACAUACCAGGACGAGUUUGCCGUGAACUUUGAGGAGGCUUCUAGAUUGAAGAUCUUUUCGCAGCAGCAAGCCUUGGAUCAUAUUGGAUCCAAGGUCAAAAUGGGCGGGAGAAAUAAAGCACAAGGCGCACCACAACGCCGAAAUCAUAUUAGUGAUGGCCUUGAAGCUCUUGCUAAUAUCAUCAUCACGCAUGUGCCUGUGGUUGGGUUGGAUUUCAGACCCAAAGCCCUUUAUGUAUGCUUCAUGGUCCGAAGAGUUCUCAUGGCAAUGCACGACCCCAGCCUGGUGGACGAUCGCGAUUAUGUCGGUAACAAAAGACUCGAACUUGCUGGCCAGCUUUUAUCCUUGCUUUUUGAAGAUUUAUUCAAGAAAUUCAACGUCGACCUGAAAAUCAAUAUCGACAAGGUCUUGAAGAAGCAAAAUCGAGCAAUGGAAUUCGAUGCCUUCAACCAUAUGCAGUCUCACGGUAAUUAUAUUACACUCGGCAUGAACCGUGCUAUUUCGACCGGUAAUUGGAGCGUCAAGCGAUUCAAGAUGGAUCGAGCUGGGGUUACGCAUGUUCUCAGCAGAUUGAGCUACAUCAGUGCUCUGGGAAUGAUGACCCGAAUCAGUAGUCAGUUUGAGAAGACUAGGAAAGUCAGUGGUCCCAGAGCCUUGCAACCGUCGCAAUUCGGCAUGCUUUGCCCUUCUGAUACCCCUGAAGGCGAGGCUUGCGGUCUUGUGAAAAACUUAGCUCUCAUGACCCACAUCACGACAAACGACGACGAUGAGCCUGUGAAAAAGCUAGUUUCAGCUCUGGGCGUAGAAGACAUUAUCUCUAUGAGUGGGAAGGAAAUCUAUGAGGAAGGGGCCUACGUUGUAUUCGUCAACGGCACCCCUCUUGCGCUUACAAGACAGCCAAAGGAUUUCUUAAAUUCUUUCCGGAAAUAUCGCCGUAUGGGUAGGGUUUCUGAAUUUGUCAGUAUCUUCAUUAACCAUCACACGAAUUCUGUUCACAUCGCAACGGAUGAAGGACGAAUCUGUCGACCCCUUAUCGUUGUCGACAAUGGAAAAUCGAAGGUCACCAAACGAUCUCUCGAGGCUCUACGAAAAGGCCUGAUGAACUUCGACGACUUUUUGCACCGAGGUAUCGUUGAGUAUGUAGAUGUCAACGAAGAAAACGACUCAAAUAUUGCGCUCUACGAGAAGGAAAUCAACCCAACGACGACACAUCUUGAAAUCGAACCUUUCACGAUUCUAGGUGCAGUGGCUGGACUCAUUCCAUACCCUCACCAUAACCAAUCCCCAAGAAAUACAUACCAAUGUGCUAUGGGUAAGCAAGCUAUUGGAGUCAUCGCAUAUAACCAGCUGUCACGCAUCGACACUCUGCUGUAUCUUAUGGUUUACCCACAACAGCCAAUGGUCAAAACCAGGACUAUUGAGUUGAUUCAUUAUGACAAGCUCCCCGCUGGUCAAAAUGCAACGGUCGCGGUCAUGUCAUACUCAGGAUAUGAUAUCGAGGAUGCUUUAGUACUAAACAAAGCUUCUUGUGACCGUGGGUUUGGAAGAUGUCAGGUAUUCCGUAAAUAUGCAACACAAGUUCGCAAAUACGCCAAUAAGUCUUCAGACCGAAUAGUCGCUCCUGUCCUAGACGAGAAGAAUAAAGGCAUCCCCAACAAAAAGUACGCAAUCCUAACCCACGAAGGCAUGGCCCACGUUGGCGAGAAGAUCGUCGCCGGCCAAGUUUUCAUCAACAAAGAGACUCCCGCAAAUACCAUGUCCACAGGCAUCGGCUCAGAUUUCGGAUCAAACGAUUUCAAGCCCGCGCCCAUGACCUACAAGCUCCACGACUUCAGCUACAUCGACAAAAUCAUGCUCUCGCAGACCGAAAACGAGACCAUGGUUGUUAAAGUCCAGACCCGGCAGACCCGUCGUCCUGAACUCGGAGACAAAUUCUCGUCUCGCCACGGACAGAAGGGCGUAGUAGGUAUCAUCGUGAACCAAGAAGACAUGCCCUUCGCCGACUCCGGUGUAACCCCCGACAUAAUCAUGAACCCUCACGGUUUUCCCUCGCGUAUGACAGUCGGCAAGAUGCUGGAGCUGCUGUCCGGUAAAGCCGGGGUUUUGAACGGGACGCUGGAAUACGGAACUGCGUUCGGAGGCAGCAAAGUCGACGAUAUGGGAGCGAUCCUCGUGAAAAAUGGGUUUAGUUACUCUGGCAAGGAUUUCGUCACUUCGGGCAUCACAGGCGAAUCGCUGCCGGCUUAUAUAUUCUUCGGCCCGAUCUAUUACCAGAAACUCAAGCACAUGGUGCAAGAUAAGAUGCAUUCGCGCUCCCGGGGUCCCCUUGCCAUUCUCACGCGGCAGCCUACGGAAGGUCGUUCGCGCGACGGAGGGUUGAGAUUAGGAGAGAUGGAACGUGAUUGUUUGAUUGCUUAUGGUGCUUCUCAGUUAUUACUGGAGCGGCUCAUGCUGAGCAGUGACGCGCAUCAGGUCGAUAUCUGUGAGGUCUGUGGCUUGAUGGGGUAUCAGGGGUGGUGCCAGACGUGUAAGAGCACGAGGGGUGUGACGAGGAUGACGAUGCCAUAUGCGGCCAAAUUGUUGGUGCAGGAGUUGCUGAGUAUGAAUGUGCUGGUGAGACUUAAGUUGGAUGAUGAGUUUCCACAUCCUAAAUGA